CAAAGCGCAUUCAUACAGCUGCCACGAUGAAAUUCCUAUUCUCUGCGCUAUUUACCAUCUUGGCCAUCAUUGGCUUGGGUCAAUCUCACCAGUUCCCAGAUUUCGGCAAAGGUCCUCUUCAUGAAGAUCUUCAAGAAAUUCUCGAUUUACUUCCUAUGAAAAGAAUUGUUAGAGUUGUUGGGGAUUACAUGGCGCAUGAUCCUGAAGUACAAGAAGCUGUUAAGUUUCUCAAAAUCACAUCUGUAUUCAAGAAUCUAAUGAUAGAUUUGGAGAAUAUUCCUGAAGUGAUCAAUCUUCUUAAUUAUCUGCAAGAGGAAGGCGUCGAAAGCUACAACUUAAUAAAUCAGAUAAAUAGAGCCGUCGGAAUCAAGGAACUCGUACCACCAACAAUAUCAACACCAACAUCAACACCAACAUCUACAUCUACACCUACACCUACAUCUUCAUCUACACCUACAUCUACACCCACGCCUACAUCUUCAUCUGCAUCCACGCCUACAUCUUCAUCUACACCUAGACCUACACCUACAUCUACACCUUCAUCUACCCCUACAGCUGAUCUGACACCUGAACCUGCACCUGAACCUACACCUGUCUCUUAUAAUGUAAUGAAAAGGAGAAGCUGGGGUCUCGCAGGAUUAUUCAAAGAUGUCAAGGACCUCUUGAAUUACGACGACUUUAUUAGCCUAUACGUGGAUAAGCUGAGAUAUUCCUCAGCCUUCAACGACUUGCUUAACGAACUCAGAUCCAACAGCCAACAGAUCGUUAACAGGCUUUCCGAAAGUGAGUCCUUCCAGAUCAUUGUAACAGGUCUCAAGAAUAGAAAUGUGAAUUUGAAGAUCGUAGCAGACGUCUUGUAUAUUGUUCUCGGUGUUACUAUACCGGGCCAUUCUAAAACGUUAGAGGAUGAGUUUGUUGACUUCGUGAAGCUUCUUCCAUUGGAAAAGAUUUCUGACAUAGUACUCAAGUAUGUAAACGAAGAUAAAGGAGUACAAAACGCUAUCCUCUUCAUGUUCAAACCCGAAUUCCAUGACCUGUUACGCGCUGUCGAAACUCUUCAGGAAUAUCAGGAAUUACUAGUAUUCCUCCAAAAUGCUGGAGUCCAUGUUAUUGAAAACAUCCAGGCAUUCCACAAAGCCAUCGGUAUGGAGGAUUAUGUGCCCCCUAAAAUAGAAAGCUUCCUUAAAUCUCAAAUUAAAAAGCAAGAGGUCGGCGGCGGUGACAGCAGGCUUUCCGAAAGUGAGUCCUUCCAGAUCAUUGUAACAGGACUCAAGAAUAGAAAUGUGAAUUUGAAAAUCGUAGCAGACGUCUUGUAUAUUGUUCUCGGUGUUACUAUACCGGGCCAUUCUAAAACGUUAGAGGAUGAGUUUGUUGACUUCGUGAAGCUUCUUCCAUUGGAAAAGAUUUCUGACAUAGUACUCAAGUAUGUAAACGAAGAUGAAGGAGUACAAAACGCUAUCCUCUUCAUGUUCAAACCCGAAUUCCAUGACCUGUUACGCGCUGUCGAAGCUCUUCAGAAAUAUCAGGAAUUACUAGUAUCCCUCGAAGAUGCUGGAUGCCAUGUUUAUGAAAAUAUCCAGGCAUUCCACAAAGCCAUCGGUAUGGAGGACUAUGUGCCCCCUAAAAUAGAAAGCUUCCUCAAAUCUCAAAUUAAAAAGCAAGAAGUCGGCGGUGGACUGACAGCAAUGAUCCGGGAUAUUUAUGCUUUGCUACCUUAUGAAAAGAUCGAUGCUCUCUUUCAGGAAAAAGUGAAUACUUCCACAGUCUUUGCUAAGUUCGUCUCACAGGUUUCAUCCCCGGAAUUUGAAAACAUUGUCAAUAAUCUGGCUGUUAAUGAGGUCUUCCUGCAAUUUAUCACAAAAAGCAAUGAGCAAGGAUUGGAUUUAGUAGGGCUCUCGGCACUUAGUACCAGAAUAAUUGGCCUUAAAUAAAAAUUCAUCUAGCAUUUUAAACAUUCACUAUUUGCAAUUUAUGCAAACAAAUUAUACACUGAUGUAAUAAUGUAAGAUAAGAGUCCUCGGAUUCAAUUGCGGAUAUAUUGCUUCUGUGUAAUUAAUAAAAAAUUUAUUGUGUCUUAUAAUAAA